CAUGUUUUACCAUCGCUGCUCCGUUGCAUUAUUGUAUAACAAUCAAAAUCAAUUCCGAGUGCGGCACCUGCGACCUUAUCUUUGCAGCUCCAACGAUGACCGAUUCUCCUCAACCCGUUAACGUUGUUCUGGGUGCUGCGGGCAGGACUGGACUAGAAUGCGUGAAGCGCCUGCUAGAAGUCUCCGACCUGCCAACUCGGGCCGUUGUUCGCGACCCAUCGAAGAUGCAAGGCAUCCUGGAGCCCAGCGCCAAGCUCCAAAUCGCAAAAGGCGAUGUUACGGACCCUGCUAGCCUGCAAGAGGCCCUGCGCGGUGCUCGCGGAGUCAUCUUCGCGGUGGCUGGCAAGGGCUACUGGUCACCUGCCGAGGUGGACUUCAAGGGUGUUGCCAACGUGGCCCAGGCCUCCCAGCAGGCGGGCGCGGAGCGGGUGGUGCUGGUGUCCUCCAUGAUGGUCACUCGCAAGCACUGGCUGCACCCCAUCCGGCUGCUGCUGAACAACAUGCGCUGGGGGCUGAUGGACAACAAGCUCAAGGGUGAGGAGGCGCUGCGGGCCAGCGGAGUGGACUACACCAUCGUGCGACCCGGGGGACUGGGCAGCGGGCCGGGGGGGCAUGCCUCCCUCGUUACGGGCCAGGGUGACAGCAUGUCGGGCGGCGGCCUCAUCCAGCGCGCUGACGUGGCGGCGGUGUGUGUGGAGGCGCUGUGCAACCCAGCAGCCAGUCGGGUGACGUUGGAGGUGCUGGCGAGGAAGGGCGCGGAGGGGGCGCCGGAGGGCGGGUUCGAGCAGCAGCUGCGGAAUAUGUGGGCGGGGCUGAAGCAGGAUGGGACGUACUAGGCGGUUGCGAGGAGGAUGAGGAGGAUGGGGUGGUAGAGAUGUUGUGUGGUGGUAAAGAGGAGAUGACUAACGAGCCGUGUGAUAGGGCGUCAUCAUGGUUUGCAACAUGGUGAAGGUGGGGUGUGGUGGUGGUGGGGGGUUCAAAGACCAUACCGAACCAUAGGAAGCCACAGGUUGGGGGGGGGGUCAUGUUGGUGCUGGUGGCCGUUGAGAAGUCGUUGGUGUUGGUGUUGCUCGGGUACUGUCCCGGUGUUGCCAAGAGUGCGUGGGAACAUGGUUUAAUUGGUUUUGGACUUAUGGUAAGAGCGUAGUACUGGAGGGGAGUUUCGGCGGUAUGUGAACAACAAGGGUUGUGCUGGUUGUGGGCGGCUGGAUUGAGGCGUCCUAUCGUGGUUGUCUGAGUAUGGGGAGUUGGAGGGGGUAUACUUGUUAUUUGCAUGAGCACGCUUGCUGCUUCCGUAGACUUGCUUCACUCACGAGGGUGGUUGACGGCAAACUUUGCGUGUGAGCGAACACAUAAGUAGCCGUUAAGUUCUGAGGACAUGUCCCCAGGGCUCCAUGCCACCUUCUAUUGCAAGUCACUGCAAAUAA